CCACCACCUCGCUUCUCGCUUCUUUCUAACCGACUUCCAUUUACAAGCUAGAAUAGUAUCAGCCCCUUCAAAUCACGCAGCAUGCCGACUACACCGCAGACCAAGCUCACGCCAGAGCAAAUCGACGAUCUGCUCUACUGUGCCCGGGCGGGGGAGACGGACGAUCUAGUGGCCUACUUUGACGAGCUUCUCGCCGCCUCUAGCUCUUCUUCCUCCUCAGCAGCAGCCGCGGCAAAUGGUACAGGUGCAGAUGGGGAAGAAGGGUCAAGGGAGGAGCGGAUAGGCGCCUUGUUGGAGCAGGCACUGGAUGAGGGUGGGAAUGGUAUGCUGCAUUAUGCUUCUGCGAAUGGACACCUGGCCACCCUCUCCCUCCUCCUCCCCAGUUCUUCACUCCCCCUCCUCCUGCAUCAGAACGCAUCGGGCAACACUCCCCUUCACUGGGCCGGCCUCAAUGGUCACCUCCCCAUCGUCAAGGCGCUAGUGGGGAGAAUCGAUGAACUGGAGAAGCAAAACCCCGAAGAGGCGAGGAGGAUCAAUGUUCUCAAGCAUGAAGAGGAGGCACGAUUGAGGGAGAAGAGAAGACUGGCACUCAAGCGGGAAGAGAAGGGCAAGGAAGCUCCAGCUACAACAACAACUACCACAAAUACAACUUCAGCAAAGCAAGAGCAAGAGGAAGAGGAAGAGAGCAAAGGCGAUCUCGAUCUCGAACCCGAGCCAGAGCGCUCCCUCUGGGACAUUCGUAAUCGUUUCGGACGCGGACCUACCUCAGAGGCACAGAUGAACGAGAGGGAAGACGUUGUGCAGUUCCUCCUGGGACAUAUGGUUACUGGUGGUGAGGUAGGGGCAGCGGCCACUGCUGCUGAUGCUGCUGCUGCUGCUGAUGCGGAGGAGCAGGGGGGAGCUGUAGGGAAAGGGCAAGCGGAAGGUGCUAAGAAGGAAGGGACGGACGGUGAGGGAGAGUUGACUAGUAGGACAGAAAAUCUCACCUUGUCUGCAGCUGCUGACGACAAGGAUGUGAGCAGUUAGACGUCCUCUUUUCUUCGUCAAGAUGAAAUACAGAGGCUUCGUAGCCAUCUAUCCAUGGAGCAGUAGUGGGCAGUGAUAGGAUUGUUAGCGAUCAAGGCAGACUGUUCUCGACGGGUCUUCAAAC